UUAUAAUCAAAUAUAAGUGAGCAUUAAUAUAUAGCGAAUCACGACAUACUAAAAAGAGCUCGAAAACAGAUAAAGUCUUCAGUAGAGUACUGUUUACCGAGAAAAUGAUACUGUUGUUUCUAUUAUUUUUGUGUUCCGCGGGUGACUCCGCAAGGAUUUUGGGGGUGUUCCCAAUACCUUCGAUAAGUCACCAAGUGGUGUUCCGAGAAUUGACUCUGGAACUGGCGAAGCGAGGACAUGAGCUGGUGGUUAUAACACCAAACCCAGCGUUACCGAAAGACAGACCGAAGGAUAACAUUACAGAAAUAUAUGCAAGCAGCUCUUAUGAUCUUCUCGAGAGUUUUCAUGAAUUUGCUGAAAAUAAUAUGAAACGAGGUGUAAUUAGUGAUUUUGAUGAAUUGGCGACUGAAGAAUCAGUUCAAUCAAUUCUCUUUUUAGUCACAGAGAUAUUUAACAACGAAGAAGUAAAUCAACUACUACACGACAAAACACAGAAGUUCGAUCUAGUAAUAGCUGAGGCAUUAUCAAACGUCCAUUAUGUAUUUUCGAAGAUCUUUGACGCUCCAUUAAUAGCAUUCUCUUCAUUUUACGGAUUUCAAGAGAUAUAUGAGAUCGUUGGUACAGUGUCUAGACAUCCAAUUCUGUAUCCUAACAAAAUGAGGAACAAAUUUAGAAAUCUUUCAUUUUUGGAUAAAGUUAGAGAAGUUUAUAAUGAAAUACACGUUUACAAUGUGUAUGCAAAACUGGAUGAUAUGGAAAAUGAAUGGUUAAGAAAUAAGUUUGGGAAAGACGCUCCUAAAGUGGAAGAACUUAAAGAUCUUGUUUCAAUGGUGUUUUUGAAUACCUUCCCUAUAUACGAUAACAAUCGACCUGCCCCUCCUAACCUAAUUUAUUUAGGAGCAUUGCAUUUAAAACCAGUGAAAGAACUUCCUACGGACCUGAAGCGAUUUAUGGAUAACUCAAAACGUGGCGUGGUGUACGUCAGUUUAGGAACAAACGUACAACCCUCAAUGAUGGAUAAGGAUUUGAUGCAUGCAUUCUUGAACUCCUUCAGACGGAUACCUUAUGAUAUUUUGUGGAAAUUUGACGGAGACAAUCUUGAAAAUGUUCCCGAUAAUGUGAGGAUACAGAAGUGGUUCCCGCAGAGGGAUUUAUUGGCACAUCCAAAUGUAAAAGUAUUCGUCACACAAGGCGGCAUCCAGUCCACUGAUGAGGCUAUAGACGCCGGAGUGCCUCUUGUCGGCAUACCGUUCAUAGCGGACCAGUGGUAUAACGUGAAUAAAUACGUGGAGCUUGGCAUCGGGGUCCAGCUGGAUGCACUCACUUUAACUGCUGAUGAUAUUGUGAAGGGAGUGAACACUGUUGCUGGUGAUCAUAGGUUCAAAGAGAACAUGAAGAAAGUGAAGUCGAUUAUGUAUGACACGCCGCAGUCGCCGCUCGAGCGCGCCGUGUGGUGGACGGAGUACGUGUUGCGACACAAAGGCGCGCAACACCUCAAGCCACCCGCCGCCAACAUGUCCUACGCUGAAUACUUCAUGCUCGACUUCGUAUUAACCCUUCUAGGAGGAUUCAUUCUAGCUUUAACUAUUGUAGUGUCUAUUUUAUAUUAUAUAAUAUUUUAUAAAUUUAGUACUUCAAAAGUAAAAGUAAGUUGAUUUAAA